AUGAGUGAAGAAUAUAAAUUAUGUCGAACUCAACUUCGACAACUAAAUUUAGCAGAAUCAGUAUUCACAGCUAAAUUGUUAUUCUAUAUUAAAACAUGUUCAUUUUAUUUCUAUUCAUAUUUAAUUCCAAAAGUUAAUCAUUUUCUUUAUACUGCUGAUGAAAUUAUACAUUAUCUAUCUAAAGAUUAUUUAGAAAUAAUUCAUGUUCAUAGUCAUACUGUAGCAUUGUGGAGUAAAGAAUUAUUGAAUUGUAUUGCACAAUUGUUGGUUUUUCGUUUAAAUACAACAAUACGAGAUACUAUUGUAUGUAUGGCCGAAGCAACACUUAAUGAUGAAAUCGCUUUACGUGGAUAUGGUAUACUACGUGAAGUUCUAACAGAUGACCAAUUGAAAGAUUUGAAAAUAGCUGAUGAUAAUAUUAGUAAUUAUUUCUUCAAUAUGCUUGAAAAUGCUUGGAAACAAUCAACGAAAAAGUAUAAAUACAUACCUAUUGUAUAUUUAUUCAGAGUCGAUUAUUAUAGUGGUUGUAGUAUUCAAUUAAAAUAG